UUUCUACUCAACUACGUCACACGGAGUCACGUGAAGGAAAUGAACCAAACACUACCGCAGUCAACUACAUGUUGAGCAGCUAAAAUUGCCAUGAAGGGACUUUACUGCAAAAAAGGACACCAGGGUGAUGUGAAGUUUGUCCUGCAGGAGACAAAUGUACCCAAUAACCUUGGCAGCCAUCAGGUCAAAGUUCAAGUGAAAAGCUGUGCACUAAGUCCAGUUGAUUUUAAGCUGUAUGAGGACCUCAAGUUUGAUAAAGAACAUGUCCCAGCCGGAAGGGAGAUCGCUGGGAUUGUUCUUCAAGCCAGAUGAUGAGGUUGUUGGGAUUCUUCCUUUGGAUGCUGAACAGUCUGGCCUUUGCUCCGUCGUGGUUACUGACGAAUAUAAUUUAGUUCAGAAGCCUGAGAAAGUGAGCUGGGUUGAAGCAGCAGCAGUAAUUAAAGACGGUCUCAGGGCUUACACAGCUCUCCACACUCUGGCUCGGAUGGCCGCGGGUCAGACAGUACGGGUGCUGGAUGAGGCUGGUGCCUUUGGAGUUCUGGCCAUUCAGCUCGCCCACUAUCACGGUGUGAAAGUCCUGGCUACAGCAUCGUCUCCGGAGGACCAGAAGUUUUUGGAAGAGCUCCGGCCAAGUGUGGGUGUGCAGGAAUCACUUUUGGGUAAGUUAUUUAUGGCAGCAAUCUCUUCUAGAAGUAUUCAUUCAGGCUAUCAUAUUCUCAUAAGCCUCAAAUCAAAUCUAUUCCUUGAGAAUAGUCACUCGGCAUACAUCAGCUUGAAAUGCUUAAUCAAUGUUAAUUUGAUUGUUUGUAAGCACUUAAGUGUAUCUCUUCCCUCAGCUCGAGUGAUCAGAGUGUGGGACUCAAAGCAGGAUUUGGUGGACUCAUGCCUUGAAGAAACUGGAGGUCUUGGAGUGGACAUCAUCAUUGAUUCAGGAGUGAGACUCUGUGAGGAGGAGCCAGAAGCACAGAGGCAUUGCCCACACAAACAUGACCUCCUUACCCUUCUUUCAGUGGGAGGUCAUUGGGUGAACACAGAACAACACUUACAGCUGGACCCUCCUGACAGCCACAUUCUCUUCCUGAAGGCAGCAUCUCUCUCGUUCCUUAACGACGAGGUGUGGACAACAUCCCUCGCUAAGCAGGGCUGAUAUCUUUGUAUCUUUUAAUACAAACUUCAUUCAUCUUUAACUGCCUACUGAUUGGUCAGCAUUCAGGCCUAAGCUUUGUUUAUUGGCCUUAAAAUAUUAAUUAGUCAAAGUUUCCAGCUCAGUCUAGUUUUCUUCACAUUUUUGUAUUUGGCAGAUGCUUUUGUCUAGAGUGUCUUCUAGAUACGUUUUCUUUCGUAUAUUAUUUGCCGUGAAGGCAAGUCUUAAUAUAACCCCAUGAAUACGGCUCUGAUGAUCUGAUCUUUAUUCUUUACACAAAACACAGCUUUACUCUCCAGUGGAAUGAAGAAGGGAGAUCUGAAUAGAAGGUAUCAGAGCCAUUUUUCUGAAAUCACUAUAUGUUGCAAAGAGGUCAUUGGGUUCCUGAGUGUGCAUAGUUUGAUGUAUUUGGGACCUGAGGGCUUUCUCCCAGUGUCCUUAGGCUACUGGAACAUCCUUGUCAACAACAUAAAGGACACGUGGUUUCCUCUUUGUAACUGGGUUAUUUGUCUUUAGUCUGCUCUCUCAGAUAUCUUAAAAGAUGUGAUGGAUAAACUCUGCACAGGGACCUUCAGGUGAGAAUGAGGAAUAUAAAUGUGUGUGAAAGGAGAAGCAGAUUGUGUGUACAAGAGUCUGUACAGGAGGAGAAAUUACUUGAAUCAUGAACUUAAAACUGAAUGUAUAUGGGCCAUGUAGGUAAUGCAGAGAGAAAAAGUGUGAAAUCAGCUUGGUUGUGUGAAUGCUGUUGAAUUUGACUGCUGUCUCCAUGCAGGCCACAAUUGGAGGACCCUGUGCCUUUAUAUGAAGCUACGGUCUCCAUGGAAAUGGUACAGAGAAAGCAAGCGAGGAAAAGAAUAGCUGUCAAGCUUUGAAGAAAGCUCAAAAUAUUUUUUUUCCCAUAAUUCUGUAAAUUUUAGUUGUUAUAAAUCUCAUGUUUUUGUCAGUUGCACUUUCAGUGGAUUGUUGGUAUUUAAAAUCAUGAAAAUUCUUUAAAUGGAAA